UUCUCGAGUUCCUUCGUUAUUCACCCUGAUCAAUCCUGUGAUCCAUGGAGAACCUUGUUUCAAAUUGGUACAAUUGGCGAUCUGUACCUGACGAUUACAUAUUUCCUCCAGAAACGAGACCAGGGAACCCCCAUGUUCCACUAGCUGAAAGCAUCUCAGUGAUUGACCUCAGCCAACCAGACAAAGGCGAUCCAACCCUAACCAUUCAGAAAAUUAUCAAGGCCGCUCAAGAGUUUGGAUUUUUCCUGGUUCAUGCCGUACAUAUCUCAUAUAUAUAUAUAUAUAUAUUGGUAUUUUUCCGGUUUGGUGAAAGAACAAGAAAAUUUACAAUGACGUGUGUGAUGAUUGAAAAUAUAGGUGAUCAAUCAUGGGAUUCCGGACAAUAUGAUCUGAUCGAUGAAACAAUGAGUGUGUGGAAGGAGUUCUUCCAGUUGCCGGCGGAUGCCAAGCAACACUUAUACACAGAGGGUUUCACCGCCAAGGAUUGCUGGCUAGCUACGAGCACUCUAAAUUAUGUUACCGAGAAGGUUCAUCUAUGGAAAGUCGCUCUCAGACACUCAUUUCAUCCUUUAGAGAAGUGGCAGUAUAGGUGGCCUCAAACCCCAGCUAGAUACCAAGAGUGUGUUGGAGCGUGUUCGGUGGAAGUUAAGAAGUUGGGUUCCAGGAUUUUGAGGUUAAUCAGUGAAGGACUUGGACUGCAUGCUGAAUAUCUUGAGGGUGAAUAUAGCCAAGCGACGAUCCUAUCUGCUAAUCAUAUGCAACAUAUCCUGAACCAGAAUUGACUCUAGGAGUAUCCAAGCACGCUGAUCCUUUCAUCAUAACCCUUUUACUCCAAGAUGACUAUGGACUUCAAGUGUUGAAGGGUGUUCAUCCUAUCCCGCAUGCUAUUGUGGUCAAUAUAGGCUCCCUGUUGCAAGUAUCUACAGACAGAUCUAAUAAUUCUUCAUUCACUCUAGCUAGCUAGGUCAGAUCAGCUAGAAUUAAAUAACUGAUUUCAAUGACAGCAAAUGAUGGUGUUAAAUAAUGGUUAAGUUGAUUAUAUGUUGAGGAUGCAGGUGAUCAGUAGCAGGAAGUUGAAAAGUGCAGAGCACAGAGCCGUGACAAAUUCGAGUAAAGCUCGAACUUCGGCCGCAUUUUUCAUAGGUGCUUCGGAGGAGAGUAUUGUAGAACCAGCAAAAGCUCUCAUUGAUGAACUCCAUCCUCCGAUUUACAAAUCCUUCAAGCGCAAAGAUUUUCUUUCUAAAUUAUAUGCAACUUACGGUGACUCACAAGCCACGCUAGAAUUUUUCAAGGCAUAACACCGAAGGAUGUAUAUAUCAGAAUCUCUGUGUAUGUUCCUUUUUUUGUUCUAUAUAUAGGCCUCAUUUUAAGAUGGAUCUGCUUGCAACC